GAUGCUCAGUAGUUACAUUUCAUAUACUCUCAGAUAUCUUUGAUUGAAUCGUGGAAGUGUUUCCGCGAAACUGUACGAAAUUGAACUGGUAAUUAAACAUGAGACCACAGGAACGGGAAUUCCUGAUGGCUGACUCAAAACAAACAAGCGAGUGUUCAAAAUGCAAGGGGAAUGGCAAGCAUCCAGUGAAUAGUUCCAAGUAAAAACAUCUAAAGAGGAAAGCAAGUCCAUUGUUUUCGCCGCUUAUCUCCUUGGGACAAGUAUCCUGCUUUUUGGUGCCGUAAUGAAGGCAGGGCUUGCAGUGACACACAUUGCUUCCUUCUCAAGAGCAGUGACUUCACUUCCCAAAUUUAGAGGAAAAAAACCAUCCGGUUAACUGUCUCUUUCUGUCCGCGACAUACCGGGGGCUGGGAUUAAUUCAGGACCGUGUCAUGUUUGGAAUAUUGUUGGGGUCCACUGAAAAUUGCGCAAAAUGGACGGAACUAUUAAGGAGGCGCUGUCAGUGGUAAGUGAAGACCAGUCCCUGUUCGAGCCUCCGUACGCUGCUGCUGCCCCCCUCCCCAAGACAGACAUGACUGCGUCCAGUGCACAGGACUACGGGCAGCCCCACAAAAUCAACCCCUUGCCCCCGCAGCAGCAGGAGUGGAUCAACCAGCCGGCCCGAGUCAACGUCAAGCGAGAAUACGACCACAUCAACGGCUCCAGAGAGUCCCCGGUGGACUGCAGCGUGGGCAAAUGCAAUAAGAUGGUGGGCGCCUCCGACGCCACACAGAUGGCCGGCUACGGAAACUACAUGGACGAGAAGAACGCGCCGCCACCCAACAUGACCACCAACGAGAGACGAGUCAUAGUGCCCGCAGACCCGUCGCUGUGGUCCCCGGACCACGUGAGGCAGUGGCUGGAGUGGGCCAUCAAGGAGUACGCCCUGCUGGACAUCGAGACGGCCAUGUUCCAGAGCACGGACGGCAAGGAGCUCUGCAAGAUGAGCAAGGAGGACUUCCUCAGGCUGACCACCGCCUACAACGCAGACAUCCUGCUCUCACAUCUCAAUUACCUCAGGGACAGUAGCUCAUCUUUAUCCUACAAUGCACCAUCUCACACAGAUCAGUCUCCCAGACUGGCAGCCAAAGAAGACCCAUCUUAUGACGCAGUGCGGCGGUCCGGCUGGUCGAACAACAUGCACAGUGGCAAAGGCUCUCCAGCCGUGGUCACCCAGAAUGUGUCCAAGACCACGGAGCAACCGCGGCCCCAGCCUGAUCCAUACCAGAUCCUGGGACCAACAAGUAGUCGUCUCGCCAACCCAGGCUCGGGCCAGAUCCAGCUGUGGCAGUUCCUGCUGGAGCUGCUGUCGGACAGCGCCAACGCGGGCUGCAUCACGUGGGAGGGCACCAACGGCGAGUUCAAGAUGACCGACCCGGACGAGGUGGCGCGGCGCUGGGGCGAGCGCAAGAGCAAGCCCAACAUGAACUACGACAAGCUGAGCCGCGCGCUGCGCUACUACUACGACAAGAACAUCAUGACCAAGGUGCACGGCAAGCGCUACGCCUACAAGUUCGACUUCCACGGCAUCGCGCAGGCCCUGCAGCCGCACCCCACCGAGUCCACCAUGUACAAGUACCCGUCCGACCUGGCCGGCUACGUGCCCUCCUACCACAGCCACCAGCAGAAGGUCAACUUCGUCUCGCACCCGCACCCGCCCUCCAUGCCCGUCUCCUCCUCCAACUUCUUCGGCCCCACGGCCCCUUACUGGAGCUCUCCGGCCGGGGGCAUCUACCCGAGCCCCAGCGUGCCGCGACACCCCAACACCCACGUGCCCUCCCACCUGGGGAGCUACUACUAAAGCAACAACAAAGGCCUUUCUCUAUUGUUUGUUUGGUUUGUUUUUUUUGUUUGUUUUUUUUGUUUGUUUGUUGUUAUUGAAGUCAUGAGGAAAUUUUGUUGCCAAAUCAAAAAAAAAAUCCACUCAAGCCUUAACACGAGUGAGCUGCCUGCACUUGCAAGGAAAACCAAAAAAAAAAACAAAGAAGGAAACAUGGAGGAUGAAUGAAGGAUACAGAGAAGCGAUGGAGGGGAAAAAAGUAGUGACUGCCUCGCUGCUCAUUUUUUAAGCUUUUUAAUCCAAAACAGUGGAAGGAUAUUUGAAAUGAAGUUUAAAUUUGAAGGAAAAAAAGAAGAAAAACUCAACUGGAUAUACCAGUCCAUUUUGGAUGGAUUACUACUUAUUCACAAGUCAAGUGACUGGUUCAAGUCCUCUGAUGUUGUUUCAUAGUGUUUGGUGUGUGUCUGUGUUUAUAAACACGACAUGUAUUACAUGUAGUAUUAUGAGCUGUCCUUGAUCCCGUCAAACUGCCCCUAACCAAACUGCACCAAAGGGCAAAAAAAGGCUAUUAUAGUAUAAAGGCUAUUAUAUUAUAUAGAGCCCAAACCCCCUCGCAGAGGGACACAGAGAGCCCCCAAGAGUCACAGAGAGACACACAGAGACUUUAGAGACUCAAGCAGGACACGUGAAGAAGAACACUAUGUCACCUGAUAAUGGUGGGCGGCAAACAACCAAAAAAUGGACCCUGGAGGCCAUAAUACUUCUCUCAGUCUCAGUCUCAGUCCAAAGUUCCGCACAGGUGCCUUGUCUCACUUUGAGCCCUUCUGUUUGAAAUGUUCUUGUGAUGUCUCAAUUUGAUUUGCCUCCUUGCCUUCUUCGUCUUGUCUUGCGUCUUUGUCAUUGUUUUUGACGUCAAAGAAGUUCCCGCCAAAGUUUUGCGGGUGACUGACUCUGUUACAGAAGGGAAUGUCUUGAUGCUGACCAUAACAAACAAACCAAAACACCAACUGGAAAAGUUGUGUUCUCACUUCACAUGUCCUCCUCUAAACUGGAACAGCAUAAAAGUUGAAGACCACAGUUUGAAGUGCCAAGAACAGAACAUUGUUAGCUGCGGGGUCGGGUGCUGUGGCCUGUUAGCAAUAGCCCGGCCUGUUCCGUCCUUUGCCUGAGCACAUAUACAAUAGUUAAGCUGAAGCUUCAGUGGAAGCUAAGCGGAAUUGAUGUGAAUGCUCUGUGGUCCAAAUUUCACAACCCCCCUUGCUUUAUUUCACAUGAAUGGAUUUUCAUCUCACAGUGAUCUAGAAACGUAUCUAUUUUAGCCUUUUGCAGAUGUAUCUAUAUGUCUGCACAUGCUGAGUUCGAGUUUGUGAAUAUAUUAGGUCUUCCUUAAUCAAUCUCUGUACCUGUAGAAAAACAAAGUGCCUGCAGUAUCUGUUUAUACUGAAUAUACAUUCCUUCAAGCUCCAUCACACUGCGGUGAUGCAAUACAUGUAGAUUACUGCACAGCUGAAUGUUGCCAUUGUGCUAAGUACCUCUUAGGAAAAAAGACAUAAAUUUAAAUAAGUGAACAAAAAAAACAGUUUAAGGACACAAAAAAAACGUUGAAACCGGAGAAAUCCUCAGAUUCGCGAACGCUGUGCGUUUGUUAGACCUAUUUGCUAUUAUUUUUUAAUCAACGGUCAACUAGGCAUUAAAAGCAUCUUACUGUAUAAAUUAUGCAGAUUUAUUUUCAUAUGUGACAGUAUUGAAAGACCAAUAAGAUUAAUACGAGUUGACCUCGGUCAAAUGCAGACUUUUUUUUAAAACCGUUAAUGAAGGUAGUUUGUACAACAGUAAAGUGUUUUGUAUCUGUACAUUUGGGCAAUAACUUUAUGAAUGUUUCGUUUUUUUUGUACUCUGAAUACAUUUUCGUAUAAGUUCACUGUCUUGCCACAAGCAACGAGUUAUUUUUUUGACAAAAGAAAGCUUUUUUUUUCUAAAUGACUUUUUUUUCCGUAUGAACCCACAAACACCCUGUAUAACAGUCGAACAAAAUGAGACAUACUAAAGUUGUAGCAAGAGAAAAAAAAAUUCAUUCUAACGAAACAACACAAAAGAAAUAGUAUUGGCAGCUUUUGCUUGGAUCUCUGCAUUGGCUGGAAGUUGUAUGCGAAUUGAGCGAUUAUAAUAUUCAAGUCUUAAGCUUGAUUCACACGAGGCCCCAUUUUGUGGUAGCAUUAAAAAACAUUCCAAGCAGUAUUCUUAAUAAAAAAAAUCCCCCUCUGCACCUCUUUGAAGCAUUACAAUCAAAAUGUAGGGGGAUUACGUGCUACUUUAUAUAUGCAAUGUAUUUUGGAUAUUGAAUAUAUGGAUCUAUAUAUAAUUUUGCAAUUAAUCAUUUCGUUUAUUAUUUGCCAUUCCAGCAAUGUAUUAAGUAUUAUGUUUUGUAAAAGGGUUGUAUAGGAAAAAUGUGACGAAAUAAAUGUUUUUACUUCGAAA